AAUUAUGAUCUGUUGUCCGAUAUAAAGCGCAACACGGACCACCUCUCCUGCCAGGGACCAGUGCCUUAUACAGAGAUCUGCUAUAAGAACCGUGCAUCGCUGUGUUGGGAUAAGGUACCGAGAAUCACGAUGUGUUCAACCACCUGCUGGAUCGCCGUACUGGCGACAUUUGUUGCAUGCACGCGCGGUACGUCAAUCACACGUUACCAGCACUUCCCAUUGCCGAUGUGUUCCGAAGACACAGUAUGUUCUGAAAUAAGCGAGUUACCAUCUAUAAAGGAAGAGAACAAUUAUUUCAGUUGGAUGAUGUGUCAGUGUCCCGGGGAAAGCGUGUGUCCCAAGAGUCCCGGCAAACAGACCAUUGAGGUCACAGGGUCAAAAUGGUAUGGUAUGUGUAGACCAAAGUCCAACAUCCGGUCCUGUUCCCCAGGAGAAGUAGGAGAAGAAUACUAUAUGGGAGUCCGGGAAAUUCCCUUUGGAACAUUCACGAGGGUCCACUGUUUGUGCCCCCUGUUAGAAUACGAGGAAGGCCAACCCGAGAUGGACGCGUCUAACCCUAAAAGCAUCUACCAACUUAUCUGCUCCGGUACAGGACGAUUGCAAGCAGCCAUGAAAAGAGGGAGAGGUGGCAGCCGUUACGGUGGAGGCAAAAAUGGCCGUCGGUUCUACUUUUACAGGAAAUAGACAGUGCGCAUGCGCGAAUAAUUCUUUUUUGGUUAUUUCCGACAGAGAUAAAGUUCUAUCAAAUAUUCUCAGACGCUCAUUAAGGCAUUUGUAACUUGUCCCUAGUUAUUGUUUGACGUGAAAACAUAUUCAAAUUCAUCACUUACGCGUGAAGUUUUAAGGAAUGUCAUGAAUUUGUAUAUAAUGGUAAUAAAAUAUUGGAGUGAC